AUGGCGGGCGCGCCUUCUCUGCCUCUCGGCGGGCGCUUCUGCCUGGUGAGCGGCAUCCCGGCCCGGCUCCGCUCCGCCGACCUCCGCGCCUACUUCAGCCAGUUCCUCGAGGCCGGCGGCUUCCUCUGCUUCCAUUACCGGCACCGUCCCGAGAGGGAAGGCCUCUCUUCGCGGCCGGGCCCGACCUGCUGCUGCCUGGUGGCCGUGAAGGCCGGCUGCUCCCGCCGCCUGGUCCGCAUGUUCUCCGGGAAGCGCUGGCUCGACCGGCGAGGAGACGCGGUGCCCGGGCGGUGCCUCAUCCGGAGGGUCCGGGUCUCCCCGCAGGAAGGGCAGGCAUCCUCAGAUGCUCUGUUGAUGGUCUGGGGCCCGAAGAGGGGGAGCCAAGAUGUUGAUACAUUUGCCUAUAAAACCAAAAAGGAGCAUCUCCGAAUAUCGAAGGAAUCCUUCACUCAAGGUGAUUUAAAACACCUCCCUGAACUGAAUCCUCCUGCGUUCAUGCCUUACGGGAAUGUGGGAACUCCUCUGAGCGUCUUCUUGGAUCUCAUCAAGGCUUGCCGGAUGCCGCCCAGUAUUAUCAGGAAGCUGCAGUUGCAGUUCCCCAAAUCAGGUUCUUCCCGCAGAUAUGGAAAAGUGCCAUUUACCUAUGAGGAAACGGAGACUGUGGCCGAGGAGGAGAGAGUGUACACGGCGACCGGGGAGGAGGUCACGGAAGGAGAGACCCCGACAAGAGAAGGCAUGGCUGAACAUGACGGAAGCACCGAGGAGAAAGAUUGUGGAGAUGCAGAGAAGGAAGAAGCAGCAGAGUCUCCACUGAACAGUGAAGCGGACGAUGAUAGAUGUGAAGAGUGGGAGAGACACGAGGCUCUGCAUGAAGACGUCACGAGCCAGGAACGAGUCAAGGAGCGCCUCUACGAGGAGGAGAUCGAACUGAAAUGGGAAAAGGGAGGCUCUGGGUUGGUUUUCUAUACAGAUGCCCAGUACUGGCAGCAAGAGGAAGAAGGAGAUUUUGAUGAGCAGACAGCAGAUGACUGGGAUGUUGACAUGAGCAUCUACUAUGACAAAGAUGGCGGCGACAAGGACGCUCGCGAUUUUGUCCGGAUGCGGCUGGAGCAGAGACUUCGGGACGGUUUGGAAGAUGGGUCUGUUGUGGGACAAACCAUUGGGGACUUUGAAAAAUAUACCAAGGGCAUCGGCAGGAAAGUGAUGGAGAAGCAAGGCUGGGCUGAAGGCCUUGGUCUGGGAAGCAGUAAUUCGGGGAUGCCCGAAGCUCUGAUUGGUGAUGGGCAGAAUCCCAAAUGCAAGAGGGGCUUGGGAUACCAUGGCGAGAAGCUCCAGACGUUUGUCAAGCCCAAGAAGCCCCGGCAAGGUGUCUGUCCGCUGAUCUCCACCAUCUAUGAUGACCCCCAUCCGGAGGAUGGGAAAGAGCAGCUGCUUCGGCGUCAGCUGCCAAUCAGCUUGAAGUAUCGGCAAGAUGUGGACUUUCCCCAUGAUACGCAUAGUUUUCACCAGAACUUUGGCUUGUCCUGAGAGGCUACCACCAAAGACUGACUUGUGCUUUUGCAAUAGCAUUUUUAAAAAUUUAUUCUAUUUGUUUGUGUAUAUUUUUUAAAAUAACAGUUGUAAUUAACUUUUUGGACCAAAUUGUAAUUAUUUUUAUUUAAAAACAUGGUGAACAGAUAUAUACUUAUGGAUAGUAAAGGUAAAGGUUUUCCCUUGA